AUCUCCCAGCGUGCUCCGCUCCAGCACCACUAUGGAAGUCUCAUUGUGUACUGCGCGAAGCAGUGGGACAAACGCUUCUGGAGUUGUGGUUCUUAAAACCAUAGUGCAGCAGUGAUUUCGCGACAACACCAAAAGCUGAAAAGCAUGGAUACGGGAACAAGAAAAAAGAGUCUGCAAAGGCGUAGAAAAUUGCUGUAGGGGGAGAGUUUUGGUCCGUGCGUAUGACGUGACGAGGCUGUGGAUGACGCUAAAACCUCGCGACGCUCCAAGAUCCUGGAGGAGUUUACGUGUUUUCACUUUGACGCUACAGCCUGUCCUAAACCCGGCGAGUUUGCUCGAGCUGAUCUUUUUCUCCUCCACUCCAAUCCGAGCUUACCGGUACGAUCUCAUACCUGGAGGCUGCUCUUCACCAUGGACCCACCUCCAGUCUCCUCCAGCUUCCAUUCAGACUCGGAUUUCUGUCCCGAAUGCGGCUCAAUUUUGCCUCUCCCUGGAACUUUGGACAUAGUUACCUGCCCCAGAUGUGGUUUUUCCAUAGACGUGCGGGAGUUCGAGGGUAAGGUGGUGGAGACCUCGGUCGAAUUCCACAAAUUAGGAACAACAGCUUUCCUGGUAUCAGAGGAAGAAGGGCCCGAGUUCCAGGGACCAGUGAUCGACAGGAGAUGUUCUAAUUGUGGCCAUGAAGGGAUGGCAUAUCACACCCGGCAGAUGCGCUCAGCUGAUGAAGGACAGACAGUCUUCUAUACCUGUACUAACUGUCGAUUCCAAGAGAAAGAAGACUCUUGAUUUCUAACCUGUUGGAUUCAGCCCCUUCUAGUCAAAAGCAUUCUCCCUCCAUAGAAUCCUGCUAUGAUGGCCCAUCCUGAUAUAGAAGUGACCUGGGUUCUUGAAGACUAUAGAAUACAACCUUCCGGUGCACUUUGAGCGAUCCUCAACUUGAGGGGCUAUAUAAUUCCAUUACUCACAACCACAACUUCACUGAAGAUUGCUGAAAUUAAGAAGACUUCAUUUCUGAUAAAAGUUUAGAGUUCAAUUAAAAGAAAUAUGCAGUUUGGCA